GACGCGUUUCCUGUUUUGAAUCGGGUUGCUUGUUGCUCAUGAGAUGCUGAUGAUGUGAGUGUGCGGUCAUUCAGCUGUGUAGACCGUCCUGCCGAAGACAUGGCUGUGAGCUCGGGCUGCAGUACGGUGCUGAUGUCGGUGCGGGUGUCGGUUCGGCCGCUGUCUGUGGGCUCGGACUCGCUGCGGCUGCAGCUCAGCAUGAACGCGAACCGCCCGGGACUCUUCACGCUCACGCUCAGACACACCGACCGCGGGGGACGCAGCGUGUCUCUGGCAGAGUUUGAUCUGCGAUCAGUGAAGUAUGAGAUCAAAUCAGCUCGAUGUCACGAAAUGCAUCUCAUCAAGCCGCCCCACGACUGCCUCACGUUCACCUUCCGCAGCGAGCAGGAGGCGCAGGAAUGGGCGACGGUCAUGAUGUCAUCCCUGAGAGAGUCACACAGAGUUGCCAACAUUUCUCAUUCUUCAAAUGAUGGAGUGCAGAAUAUGAAAUGUGGAGAGAAGAGCUCUGUCUUGUCGCUGUCAAUGAAAGAGGAGCUGUGUCUAGAGCUUUCUCGAGCGAUAGAGGCUGGAGAUACUCAUGCCGCUGUGCACUACGCCACUGAUCUGGCCAAGCAGCAGAUCGCACUGAGUAUUCAACCAGUGCUGAGGGACACGGACGACAGAGAGAUCAGCUUAGCUGUGGUAGUAGAAGAUGCAUCAUCUUCCUGUUGUGUCACAGUGAAAGUCCACCCACACGUGACUGUCGCUUCGCUGAAGCAGCAGAUGUUUGUUGAGUAUGGUUUCCACCCCAGGGUGCAGCGCUGGGUCAUCGCUCAGUGUCUGUGCUCCGAUGGCCGUUCUUUAGCGUCAUACGGCAUCUACAGGGACGGUGACACUGCAUUUCUCUACCUCUUGUCUGCUCGUCACGCCUGCCUCAGUCACCAGCAGGAUCAGGAGAAUGGUCUCUCGAUGCCGCCGUCAGCAGCGCCGCCAAACGCCACGUUCAGCCCCAUGCCGAACGCCAGUGGCCCCGUCAGCCACGACUGGAGAGGCUACAGCACGUUACCGCCCCCGCUUCAGCCACAGCAGCACAGGUCUCUGUCAGUCAUUAAAUCUGCACCAAUUACAAAAACAAAUAUAGGCAGCAGUGGGUGUGGCUCAGAGAAACCCAGCGUCAGUGACAUCAUUAACCUUGAGAUGUUACAAAUUGGAGGAUCCAAACUGAAAUCAAGUAACACACAGUCAGGCUGGUCCUGUCCUUCCUGUACAUUCAUAAAUAAGUCUACGAGACCCGGCUGUGAAAUCUGCAGCACAGAUCGACCCAAUCCUCCCAAUCACAGUAGCGUUCAACAGGAAAAAGCAAGAAGAUCUAACCAGUGAAACUGUGCUGUAAAUACAAACAAAUAGAGACAAAAGCCCUAAAAUAACCUCACAUUCACUCACAUU